UGAGCUGGGGCACUUUACUAUGAGGCUGCAAAUGGAACAGAUGUGCUUGCUGUGAAUUUCUGUAGUGUCUGGACUUUUUGUACCAAAGGUGAUAAUAAUUUCAUUCCUGUGAUUUUUUUUCUUUUAUUUUUCACAUAUUUUUCCAUAAAGGGAAUGAAAUGGAGAAGUUGAAGAAAUACGUAACAGUGAAAGAUGAAGAUCAGUUUUAUCAUCAGGGAGCUGUGGAGCUGCUAGUCUUUAACUUUUUGCUCAUUCUUACAAUAUUAACAAUUUGGUUGUUUAAAAACCAUCGAUUCCGCUUUCUGCAUGAAACUGGAGGAGCUAUGCUUUAUGGCCUCGUAAUGGGAUUAAUUAUACGAUAUGUGACAAAAGCAUCAGAUGGGGAAAGUGGGAUCGUUUAUGAAUGUGAAAAGCUGAAAUCUGGGCCAUCCACUCUGCUUAUUAAUAUAACAAAUCAGGUCUAUGAAUAUCAAUACAAAAGAGAGAUCAGCCAUCACAAUGUCAAUGGACACCAGGGCAAUGCAAUGCUUCAAAAGAUGACCUUUGAUCCUUCCAUCUUCUUCAAUAUUUUGCUGCCACCCAUUAUAUUCCAUGCUGGAUAUAGUUUAAAGAAGAGACAUUUUUUUCGUAACUUAGGAUCAAUUUUAACCUAUGCCUUCUUGGGAACUGCCAUCUCCUGCAUUGUCAUAGGGUUGAUAAUGUAUGGCUUUGUGAAGGCCAUGGUGCACAUGGGCCAGUUAAAGCAAUGGGAAUUCCACUUCACUGACUGUUUAUUUUUUGGAUCGCUGAUGUCUGCCACAGAUCCAGUGACAGUUCUUGCUAUUUUCCAUGAGCUGCAUGUGGAUACAGAUUUAUACACGCUCCUGUUUGGAGAGAGUGUCCUAAAUGAUGCUGUGGCUAUCGUGCUGACAUACUCUAUAUCCAUUUACAGUCCUAAGGAGAAUCCUAAUGCUUUUGAUGCUGCUGCUUUCUUCCAGUCAAUGGGAAAUUUCCUGGGGAUCUUUGCUGGAUCAUUUGCCAUGGGAUCCUCUUAUGCUGUUGUCACAGCUUUAUUGACAAAAUUUACAAAGCUGUGUGAGUUUCCUAUGUUGGAGACAGGUCUAUUUUUCCUCCUAUCCUGGAGUGCCUUCUUAUCAGCAGAAGCCGCUGGGCUUACAGGUAUUGUUGCAGUCCUUUUCUGUGGAGUUACACAGGCCCAUUACACCUACAACAAUCUGUCACCAGAUUCCAAAAUGAGAACCAAACAGUUGUUCGAGUUCAUGAAUUUUUUGGCUGAGAACGUCAUCUUCUGUUACAUGGGACUCGCACUAUUUACAUUUCAAAAUCACAUCUUCAAUCCUCUUUUUAUAUUUGGUGCAUUUGUGGCAGUUUUUGUAGCAAGAGCUUGCAACAUAUACCCACUUUCUUUCCUUUUGAAUUUGGGUCGAAAACAAAAGAUUCCUAGGAACUUUCAGCACAUGAUGAUGUUUUCAGGUUUACGUGGUGCAAUAGCAUUUGCAUUGGCAAUUCGAGAUGCAAACUCCCAGCCCAAACAAAUGAUGUUUACCACAGCACUGCUAAUUGUGUUUUUCACAGUCUGGGUGUUUGGUGGGGGCACGACACCAAUGCUUACUUGGCUUCAGAUCAGAGUUGGUGUAGAUCCAGAUGAAGAUCUUAAAGCUGAAGCUGCAAGCCAGAGUGCAUCUAACUUGGAUAAAAAUACAACCAAAGCUGAGAGUGCAUGGCUGUUCAGAAUAUGGUAUGGCUUUGACCAUAAAUACCUAAAACCCAUCUUAACCCACGCUGGUCCACCUCUCACAACAACGUUACCUGAAUGGUGCAACCCUGUUGCCAGGAUUCUGACCAGCCCCACCGCAUAUGGGGAUCAACUCAAGGAUGGUGACACAGAUUAUAUCAUAAAUAAUGAUGAAUUAAUGGAAAACUAUGAAUCAUCUGCUCACAUACCAGUGCCAGCACAGGACAGGACAGGCGCCACCCAGGCUACAGGCCAGGAAGAUAUUCAAGAAGGAGAUCUGGGAUUAGGAGGGUACAAACUCCAGCUUCAACCCCAGACGAAUUCUCCGGCAUGAACAGGGAAACGUUAAUGACAAGAAAGAAGACAACAACAAAGAAGCAAAAGAUCCUAUUAUGUGAACAAGAGGCCAGAAAAAUGUACUAAGCACAAAAAUCAAAGAUUUCACCAAAUAAAUGCCUGCUCCUCCCAUAAAAGUAGUUUAUUAUCAUCCAUAUACCUACAACAAUGUGCAGGUUUUCUGACCUCAGCAGAUGUAGGGCAGUAUCAGCCCACUGUAAAUACAGUGUGGUCAUGUGUUGUCUCACCACUUGACUGUACCUCUCCCCUCACAUGUACCCAGGCCUUUGAAUGUUGCUUAGAGUCUUCAGCAAGUUGGAAUGGAGAGAAAUAGCUUCCUGCUCACGUGAUGACAGCUCUUCUAUACAGCUGGUCCUGAAAAGAUCCAGUUAGCUACUACUCCAGUAGCUAUUACAUUUAUAAGGAAGAAGCAGAAGAUUCCUUGUCCAAUGUCUACGUAAUCUAAAAAUGCUUAAAACACACACUGCUGCACCUCAGCCUUGAUAGAUAAAUCUCCCUCAUGCUCACAGUACAGACUUGUCCUGACAACCAGCCAAAUAUGUCUUCUAAAUGCACAUGUAGCCUAGUCCAUACAGGGUUUCACCAUGCAGCCUCCAACUGAAUAUCGACAGUAGGAGGCAUUGAAGUCCAUAAAAUCAGCAACAAACACCCUUUUAUGGCAGCACUGAAUGGGCACGACCACUAUUUAAACAGCAGUUAUUCCUCAAGGCACUUGUCGUUAGGGCCUGGCAACACACAAAGCUCACAUGGUGGGAAAAGCUUUGUUGUUUUCAAAGAUCAUUCUAAAUGUAUGCUUUGAUGUAACUGUUUCUUUUUUUAUUGUUCAAGGAGAGUUGUUUCUAAUCAUAUAUUUCUGCAAAACAGCUAUUUCUUAAGACUGUCUGCUCCGAGGACAAACUUGUCUCUCUCUAGUUAAGCCGGGCACUCAAUAUCACACUAGCAAGGAGGACAGUGGUGGUUAGAUAUUAAAAAAAUCCCAAGAGGAGAGUUUAUGUAUCAAAGUAUUAAUUGUUCUGCAUAAACACAGUAACUGGAUGAACAGCUGGUCAGCCAUACAUACAGCUAAGUUGCCAUAUACUACUAUCAAGCAUUAGUACAGAUCAGCUUUGGCACAUAUCAGCUAAGCAAUGCAAAACCAGAGAUAGAGCCAGGCUUUCAUUAGAGCACGUACCUUUUCCCACCACAGAAGUUUCAACUAACUAUGCAUGAUGAUAUUCCUACUAAGUCAAAGCAUCAGGAGUUGCCAAGUAAGAUCAUUCUUAGCAUACAAAGACAAUGGGCAAGCAAGAAAUUUGAGAUCUAAAAGAAUAAAAAUCAAGCCAUCUCCAUUAAUAGUCCUAAAGCUGAAUAGGUCUUGAUUUCAUCACAGAUAGAACCUGAAAUACAAAUGCAAAUAUAAUCAAGUUUUAGUUAUCCUUUUCCAGGCUAAUUAAUUUCUGGUUAAAAGUGACUAUUAAACAGCCAUUUUAAGCAUAAAUUUGAACACUGAAGCUCUACAUGCUGUUAUGAAAGAUCAGAAGCUUAAACUGGCAUUUUAUUUUCCCCUAAACACUAAUCAAGGAGCUUCAAAGGAUCUUAAUCUCAACAUGGUUUAAAACAAAUAAUAUUCAGGCAUGAUAACAAGUUCUUAGAAGAACUAAUGAAUUUCCAACUCCAUGCUUUGCUUUGUUUAGCUGCAUGAGGUGGGGAAAGAUGCACAGCAGGUUGCAAGCAGGGAUGGAGAAUGGAUAGGGAGGUAAGGUUUUAUGGGCAAGUACUGUGCACUGCAGAGCAUGCCCUGGGAGACAAAAGAGAACAGAGGCAGCAUAGGCAGGCAGAGACACACUGGAGUGAGGUGAAUAUGUGGCAACACAGUGAGAAGGUAUUCUCGUGGAUGGGUGCUAACACAGGCCUGACUUCAGCAGCCAGACUUUCUGAUUUCAAUCUUCAAAAGUAUUGAGUGUAAGUCAGGCAGCUUCCUAAGCUUCUUGGGAAGCAUGGAUCCCAGUCUUUAGAUUAUAGUGGAAAUCAAUAAACUGCUGUACUAUUAUGAAGAUGCAAAGCUGUAUUUCACAAUCGCUACAUGAACUGGAAAUGACAAGCUCUUCACCAACAGUUCUGCUCUUAGAUUCUACUCUGAAAUGCACCCUCCAGCAUAUUGUAUGGAGGUUUUACUGAUUUUUUUAUUGUGCCUAUGCCCAGAUUUCUCACAUUUGUGCAAUGUGAUAAAUGGAGAGCUCUGGGGUCUGAAAUUCUCUGUUUGUAAAAAAAGUCUAUAGCAAACACUUUUCACACUGUUCUACCCAGAUGCCUUAAAGGGCUACUUUACUUGGUAAAGAAAGUCAUCCCUUCCGACAGAGGAGUCAUACUUCCCAUCUUCACAGGUCAGAUUUUUAUGCUAAGACUAUCAAGAGGCUGAAUUAAUGUUCCCAACAGGAUGGGUACCAUGCUCAACAACUGAAGUAUCACUGGCUUUUAGGAAAACUACUAAUACAAGCUACAAGCAAACCUGAAGCUUCUACUAAAUAGCAAUAAGAAUCUCAAUUGUCCAUUAUGCUGUUCAGCCUUCCUAUUUCCUAAUUUUAAGGUAUUCUUUUCAUGACAUGAAGAUCAAGAGAGUUAAAACAACAUUAGAACAGAUGAUAUAUUUGCAUUCAAGAAGAAAUUACAACUAGUAAUUCUGCAUGACUGUUUAAACAUAAAUGUAUGUUUAAGAGAGGCCUUUAAUGUUAAUUUACAGUUCAUACACUGGAGAUUUAAACUACUCAAUAUCACACAGUGUUUGACUGAAUGUGCAAGUCACUCAUGAUAAAUGUGAAGCUACUCUUCGUAUCUGAGUUAAUCUAAUAAAACACUGCUUGGAAAAUGAAAUGUAAUAUAUAUUGUCAAAAUGUAGUGACUACAUACUGAGUAUGAAGGCCAAAAUUAUAGGAAAGGUGGAUAUCUGCAAUAUUACUAAACCUUUCAGGUUUCAGAAGCAAUAACUGAAAUUUUAUACUGAACUGUGGAGAGCAUUGGCUAAGCUUGAAAGCAGUGGAACAAAUUCUGGACAUACAGCACAGCCAGUCCAGAAAGACACUGUACUAAAAAUAUCAGAUCACUAUGAUAGCUUUCACAGAGAAGUGCAACAUUUGGUAACCCCACUGAAAGCAGGGGCCAGUGAAAGUAAACAUCUAUGUUGCUGUAUUGAAAGCUCAAACUUGUCCAUCAUACCACAUCAGGGUUAUCUCUAAACCAAUCAACCCUGUGCAUAAUUUAAGCCACUAAACUCAUUGUAUUGAAGCCUCGAGAGCAGGUCACACCCUUUCUAUCUACGACUCACUGAAGUACCUUGCUGACCCAGGACAGUCUGUUCAGUGGGUCUUUGUUUCCCUUUCAAAGCUGGUCUGUAUUUUGCUAUCAGCCAGCAAGUAAUGCUGAGCUCGGUAGCAGCCUGAGUGCUGUGUACAUUCGAGUACAACACAAAUGCAGCAAUAUACAGAAGUCUAUUUUAGAUGCACAAACAUUACAUGUGUGCUUUCAAAAUUCUUUCUUCUCAGAGACUGAGAAAUCUUAGGAUACAAGUAUUAACCAUGAACUUCAAAGAGCAAAGAUGAUACUCAGAAUAUUCACUUUACAGGUCAGAAAAUACUACUUCUAAAGACAAAAUUGUUUUUCCCCUACUUCCUUCUAGCAAAAUGGAAAAUAGCCCUUUUCUACAUCUUCAAGUAAACCAGUUCUGAGCAUUUUAAACAACUUAACACAAGCAAGCUCAUCUCUGGCAAUAUAGUCC